GUUGGGAGAUAAUGUCAACGUGUCAUGUUUUGCCUCUUCCAUGUCUACAAGAUCCAGAAGUUGUGCAACAAAAAAAAAUCCUAAUCUUCUUUCCUCUUCCACUACCUUAAUGAAUCUCCUCUGUCUGGUUACACUUGUAUAUGGUGACUCUUCUUUUACACUCAGCCCAAGUUUGUAAGUGCUGAUUGUCUGUCUACAAGAAACAUGGAUGAUUUACCAGACAAUCUCCUUUGCCAAAUCUUGUCCAACUUGUCUACAAAAGAAGCUGCGUUGACAUCAGUUCUCUCAAAGAGGUGGCGAUACCUGUUUGCUCUUGUACCAGAUCUCGAUUUCGAUAGCUUCUCCUCUCAGCACACGGAUCAUACGAGUUUUAUAGAUUUUGUGGAUAGAGUGUUGAAGUUAAGAGGGAAAGAUCAUGUUAACAAGUUCUCUCUAAAAUGUGGAGAUGGUUUUGAGGACGAAGACGUGUAUCCUUGGAUAUCAAACGUGCUGAGACAUGGUGUAUCAGAUCUUUCUCUACAUGUCUCUUCCUCAUUGGUUUAUUGGUUGCCUUCAAAGGUUUUUGCGAGUAAGACACUGGUUAGGCUGAAGAUAGGACCAGAAGAUGGUCCCAUAGUUAAACUGAGAAACGUUUGUCUUCCACAGCUUAAGACACUGAGUCUGGACUCAGUUGUGUUUGUAGAGGGUGAGAUUGGUUUUGCAAAGCUUCUGUCUGGUUGUCCUGUGCUUGAGGAAUUAAGUUUCUGUAAUCUGGAGUGGGGUUAUUGGGGUUCUUGCUCAGUGGCUUCAAAAAUCCUCAAGAGACUAACGCUAUAUUGUGCACACUGUGAUGACAAUCCAAAGAGGGUAUCAUUUGAUACUCCAAACCUUGUCUACUUCAAAUAUUCUGAUAAUCUUGCACAGAAGUAUCCUAAAGUGAACUUUGAUUCGCUGGUUGAAGCUAGUAUCGAUAUUCGGAUGACAAAUGAUCAGAAAUCAAAUGUCAGAUACGUAUUGGAUGAUGACGAGGAAAGAGAGAUGGUUGGUAACGCAACAGAGCUUCUUAUGGGACUAUGCAGUGUGAAGACCCUUUACUUAUCUUAUGACACUCUUGAGACUCUUAACUUUUGCUGUGAAGCCAUGCCAGUGUUCAACAGCUUGACUCAUCUAACCAUUGAGAAUAAUCCAGAAGUAGGAUGGGAAUCAUUACCAGAACUUCUCAAGAACUGUCCAAAUCUUGAAACUCUUGUCUUCCAAGGACUCAUUCACAAAGCUACAGAUAAAUGUGGGGAUGUGUGUUUGUGCAAAGGUUUGCAGAAAAUCUCUUCUUCCCUAUCACAUUGUCCGGUGAAGUUUCUUAAGAUAUUGAAAUUUGGAGAAGCAUGUGGUGAUGAUGACGAGGUGGAGGACAUGGAGAUGGAAAUGAUCAAGCAUUUCGUAGAGAAGAUGUUAAAUCUUGAACAACUCAUAAUAUACUACAACACAUCAAUUAAAGAUGAUCUGGUUGAAGUAUUAAACCAACUUCAGAUGCUUCCUGAAGUUGCUUCAUUCAAGUGCAAGAUUCAAGUAAUCUCUGAUAGUCUCAGCUUAUUACUUAUGGCGCCGUGUCUCCUUUACCAGUAGGAAACUAGGGAUGCGUUACAAGUCUAUGUAGUUACUAAAAUAUCUAAGAACUCAAAAUCAAGAUUCUCCUGAUUCUACUUUGUUGAUUGCAUAAAGUAACACUGCUAUGUUUCAAAAAGUUUAUUAUUAUGAGUGA